GUCCACGUUUAGUACACAAUGACAACGUGUCUACACCGUUCCACUGGUAAAGAAACGAAAGCGAAUGAAGCGGUUUUCCAGGAAGUACUUCCUUAGAUUUCAGACAAUAACAGCAAUGUUUCACUCCGGUCCGCCCCACUGCGCCAGCCGACGAAGUAGGUCACUCCCACAGAUUCGGCGGAGGUGAUAACACUCAUAUACGGUCAUCGAGACCUCAACACGCGUAUAGGACACACUGCACAUACAGUGAGGCUUCUCAGGGGAACACAUAGCACAAUGGGAUGUCUAACAUAUUUAUGAGAACACGUAGCAAUCUCACCGAAAUCUCAUGCUAAAACAAUAAGGAACUUAUGUUUGACCAAGACAAGGUGGAUGUUGUAGGGUCCAGGUAGGUUCCCUUGCAGCACAUAAGACUCAGUGUGUAAAGUAAAAAACUGGUUCAGAAGUUCUACUUCAUAAGGGCCACCGUGGAGAAGUUGUUGUCGCAGCUAUGGAUAAGAUAACGUGCCCUUACUGUAAUGGGAAGUACACAUCGUUGGCAAAACAUAAAAAAUGUCAAAAGAGAGAUGAUGCUCUGUCGUCAGCAAAACCAAAAGCUUCAUCUGUAAAACAGAAAAUAAAUGACGUAAAGGAAGAAGAAUGUCAAGAUUCUAAGGAAACGUGCCCUUACUGUAAUGGGAAGUACACAUCGUUAGCAAAACAUAAAAAAUGUCAAAAGAGAGAUGAUGCUCUGUCGUCAGCAAAACCAAAAGCUUCAUCUGUAAAACAGAAAAUAAAUGACGUAAAGGAAGAAGAAUGUCAAGAUUCUAAGGAAACGUGCCCUUACUGUAAUGGGAAGUACACAUCGUUGGCAAAACAUAAAAAAUGUCAAAAGAGAGAUGAUGCUCUGUCGUCAGCAAAACCAAAAGCUUCAUCUGUAAAACAGAAAAUAAAUGACGUAAAGGAAGAAGAAUGUCAAGAUUCUAAGGAAACGUGCCCUUACUGUAAUGGGAAGUACACAUCGUUGGCAAAACAUAAAAAAUGUCAAAAGAGAGAUGAUGCUCUGUCGUCAGCAAAACCAAAAGCUUCAUCUGUAAAACAGAAAAUAAAUGACAUUAAGAAAGAAGAAUGCCAAGAUUCGGAGAAAUAUCAAAGGAGAGAUGAGGUUUCCCUCAGAGAAGAAACACAUGUGGUUCUCAGUUGUUAUGAUAAAUCAAAGCGUCAAACCGAAAUGCAUAUCAAAAGUAAGAAGACAUACAAUGGACAGAAACCUGCACUUUCACCCACUGAUAAAGAAGAACUGGACAAAUUUGCAAAUGGUAUUUUUGAAAAUAAAAUAAUUAUGAUCAGCAAUACAAGAAACAUCAGUGAUUUUUUUGGGACGGAGGUCCAGCUGCGGAAGCAUCAGAUGAAGACUGCUAGGGAAAUGUUCAACCCCCUAGUCUGUAAAGUCAUCAGUCACCUGCAGACGAAGACCACGUGGGUCUGGGAGGAUCUGAAGUCCGGAUCCUACUAUGAUGGCACCAAGGUCUCUCGUCCUGAUGAGAUGGACUGUAUGUUUGUGGCACAGCUGAAGGGCCUGGAUGUGUCUACACAUGGAGCCCCUGCUGGCUUCUGCUAUGUGAAGGUCACACAAUCGCAGACGGACCUGAGCAGUCUCUGUAACAAAGGCUUCCUGAGCUCCACCAAAUUCAGACAGUAUGUCUUCAGUUGCCUGGCGGACAUGGAACUCAGACGAGUAAAGAGGGACACUACGCUGGGACCUGGAUCCCCAUCUUAUGGGAUCACCUAUGACACUGGUCUAAAAACCGGCGACAGUAAAUUCCUCAUCUCCAUUGACCUAGUGCCUGCUCUCCACUUCCCCGGCUGGCCAAUCACUGCUCGAGAUUUCAGCAGCUGCUCAGACGGAAGACUGAAGGACAUCUCGAAGAAAGGUUUCCAUGUUGUGGCUAAGGCGUGUGACAGAGCUGAUGCUAAAGACAGGGAUCUUCUUUGGCGGCUGUCAUUUUCAGCAAGUGAAAAGACAAUUACAAAACACGCCGACAUGGGAGAAAAGGGCGAGGAGAAAAAAGAUGGAUGUGCUGGAAAUAGUGAGUCGAAAGCAGAGCGCACGUGUAAGAAGAAGGUGCUAAGAAUCUUGAAAAUGAUACUGGAGAUAGCAAAGGACGACCAGGAUCGUUGCAAGAUUGACGAGAGUCUGGCUACUGGGGGCAAAGAGAUCGCCUCAAAACUACGUCUUGCGGUGAAAUACACCCGGGAACAUGGGUAUCGUGUAGACAAACACAAGUUCACCACGUUCCAGCUGAGGACGCUGAUGUGGAAUGAAUUCUAUGUAACCACACUAGAGGGUGUUUGGGGCAAUGACAGUUUGGUUAACAGGCUAAAACUGUGCAUUAGCAAACUGAAGAAGAUGCUCACUGGAGAACUACCCAUGGAACAUUUCUUCAUCCCAAACUUUGACAUCAUGGCUGAAGUGCCUCUGGUCGAGAGGAAGUACCUCUUCAUAAUGGCGUGUGUGGCAGAGAAACUGCUCUGAUGCACAAUAUCUUGGCAAAAAGGAAAAAGUUGACUAAUGGUAUCAACUUCUUGGUGCUAAGAAUGGAUGAACAAAUUCUUUAUUGCAAUUAGGAGCGACGUUUCGGUGUAGGUUCUAAGACUGUUAUCAAUGGUGCUAGUUAUAAGGCAAGUGAUCAACAGCUAGAUAGGACAUUACAUAUAUUUGAAUGUUUUUGAAGAUGAAAUACUGUAGUAGAGAGUAGUUCUGUAUAUAUUGAUCAUGUUUUAUUAAUUAGCUUUUAAUUUACUUAUGUAUGUCGUCAAUAAUGUUAUUUUGUAUAUUUCAGAUAUUGCAGUAUUUAAGAAUUAUUUAUUGUAUUUCUCAUUUCAGGCUGCAUACUUAAGUAGUUUUAAGUCAAGUAUCAUCAUUAAAGCCCUAUUCUAAUGUCAUGUUUUAUUUAGUGGGUCAGUCAACUUCUUGGUGGUCAAUCAGAGUGUAAGCCCAGGCAUCCUCUGGAUUGGCUAGUUUUAAAUCUCUGCGUCCCACUUUCAAAACCCUUUGUUUUCACCCUGCUCUUUGCAUUAACACUUCACUGUGCACUGGACUGGAAGAAAGGAUAAUACUUAUAUAAAGGUUAGUAUUUUAUGCCAGUAUAAUUAUGUAAAUCACUUUAGUUUAAUAAAUGUCCAUAU